AUGCAAUUCUUCAAUUAUCCCGGAACCGAGAGUAACUCGGAGGCAUUUCAUUAUUCGCAAGCUGUUCGAAUCGGCAAAAUUAUCAAGACAUCUGGUCAAGGUGGCUGGGAUGAGAAGGGAAAUAUUACCACCGACGUUGAUCAACAAGUCGCCGCCGCGUUCUCCAAUAUCGAAAAGGCUCUGAAAAGCGUGGACCAGCGUCUGUCUUGGGAAAAUGUCUACGCCGUGCGCAGCUAUCAUAUCAAUGUGGAGGAAACAUUUGAUAUAGUCACAAACAACUUCAAAAAGAUAAUUCCCGGACAUAGGCCCAUUUGGACCUGUGUGGAGAUUGGCAAACUUGGAAUCGAAGGAAUGGCUAUUGAGAUUGAAGUUGAAGCGCAUUUUCCCUAUUGA